AACUUUGUUGCCCUGGUCGUUUGAUCCCGCAUCUCACCCGGUUAAGGUGCGGCCAGCCAGUGAAGACUUCUAAACUUAGCAGUGAGCGGGUGGGGCCUCCAUCCCGGGGCCCCACUUUGGAUGGCACUUGGGGCUCAACGUCACUCCACACGAUCCCGAUCAUCGUGGACCACGACUUCAUCAUUCCCCAGUGUGUGGCGGCCAAUUGAACGGUGACAUCCUCGGCACGGCAACACUGCUGGUAGUAAACGCCGCAUAGAAGCUCAAUUCCUAGCCCCAAUCUCUCCACUCUUCGGUUUGAGCCAGCAGUCAGACGCAGCGGGAUGUUCCAGCCCGGCGCUGAGGACCGCUUCCACCUGCGGAUGCACCGCGCGCGCUCCGUAGUCCUCACCUCACAAGAACUCGUCGAGAUCCGCGCCGCCCAGCGCACCUUUGAGGGCGCCUACAUGCGCACGGCCCUCUCCCUGUUCUCCUUCUCCCUCAUCAUCCUCAAGAUCUUCACGUCCGAGUUCUACGCCAUCGGCGCGCUCUUUGCCGUCUACGGCGGCGCCGUGCUCGUCUGCGCCGUGUACCGGCGGUACCAGGGCAACCGGCAGUUCUUCACCGUCACGGGCCAUGACGGCGAGGUCGCCAAGCGCUUCCGCACGAGCGGCAACACGGUGCUCAUCCUCACCAGCCUCAGCGCCGCGGCGUACGUCACCCUGAUCGUGCUGACGUGGCAGCUUUCCACGUGAAUAGAUGUGGAUCUGAACACGGUGGCCGUGACGACCGGGCGUGUGGCCCUGCGUUGUUUUCCUUCUUGUGGUGUGUGGCGUGGCAUGGAGAGAUAGAAAAGAGGAAGAGGAAAAAGAAAAGCGAACGAGGAUAUGUUCCAAUUUUGAUUUCGGAAAGGGGGUUCGGCGUUCAAAUUUUAGGAAUUUAUACGGAUCAUGCAUGGGUUCGGCUUGUAUAAGCCUAUACGUUGGAUUCUCAAUCAACCCAGGUAUGGUUCAUGUUCAUGUUCAUGCAAUCAUGCGGAUGCCAUUGGUGUCCUUGCUUGGCUUAUAAAGAGACGCCUUGUCUUUCGUGUAUCGGUGUAUGGACAUCUCUGCGUUGAAAAUCCCAAUGUCUGAUGCCGACUACGCGUGAAAACAAUUGCCAAUUGUGUUUGGGGCUGCACUGGGC